UUCGCCAUGUAGUAAACGGGUUGGUUUUUUGAUCCCAAACUUAUGGGUCGCCAGCAAGCCCGGUUCUCCAUACAAACGUAGUAACACUCUCGUUUUAAAACGACUCGCUAAAUUGCUCUGAAACCUUAUACUUACAAUAGGUUAAGGUAUUACUUAUUUAAAAAAUACACGGACUUUAAGUUUUUCAUACAAAAUUUGUUUUUGCUCUAUUUUGUUUGUUUUAUAAACUGGAGCUAUAUAAACUAAUUACGGGACUAGAUAUACCUCAUGUCAUUAUACAUAUGUGCAAAGUUUCAUUAGUUUCAUUACAAUGCAACGCAUAGUUUUAAAAUUAAAGAACAAAACUCCGUUUGUAUGGGAAGGUGAAAUUCGGCCAAGCUGGCCGGGGACUCUCAUGGACACUACGAUGUGGGGUGCGGUUGGGACGGUUGGGUUUAAAAAAAAAUGUAAAUAAUUAUGAAAGUGUUAAAACUGAAAGCGUUUAUUUUUAAUUAUAUGUUAAUUCAACUAUAUUUAAUUUCAGAUUUAUUUGAGGCAUAGACGCAUUUGUCAAUAUUGUACCUAUUUUCCAAAUGAUCAUUCAUCAGAAGUGAUAAAAACGUGUCUAUAACAGACAUGUUCCACUGUCAAAUUUGGUUGUCAUGUACUUAAAUUAAUAAACGGCAUUUAAUAAAUUUACUUGCAUUAAAUAUUUAUAAAUUAGUUUUAAUAUAAAUUCAAACAAUGUUAAUACCUACUUGUCUAAUCAAACUCACCGAACUUCUUUUAACAAUAGCGUGCCUAGUGCUUCACCACUACAGUUACGACCUAACAGAUGUGUCUACUCUGAUCCUAUGCUCCGGGACGUAUGUCGGCUUCAUAGUGGUGCUUUCGGGGGAAAUUGUCGGGGAGAUGAUAUUCGCGCCGCUGGACCUCCUCCAAGACAUGUAUUUUGGCAUUGUGGGCAUGAUCAUGUUUUCCGUCUGCGGCGGCCUGGUGCUCUCCGCGCGGCUGAAGCCCUCGAUCGUCCCUCGCACCGGAGACCCUACAGCCGGCACCAUAGCAGCAAGUUUGGCCCUUCUCAACGCUUUACUCAUGUUUCUGGAUCUGAGCAUGGGGUAUUUGGACUCUGAGGAAUUUAACGAGGAAACCAGCGUGUGAUAGUAAGCUUAAACGUUGAGAAGUGAACUUUUUAGUAAGUCCGUGCUGAUCAAAAAUGCAAAUGCAAAACGAAUAAAUAUUGAAAUCCGUUCGAACGAUUCGAUAUACUCCGGAUUAUAGGACUGACAAUCGAUAUCCGGCAGCUUUUCCUGUCCUAGAUUAUUCACAACACAAGUGCACUUCUCGCCUUGUAGCUCGUAGUUUACCAUGUCAUAUAUUAUCAUUGCAGUGUUUUAUGAUAAACUCAAUUGUUUGUAUAAAUGCGACUUUUAUGUAAAUUAAAACCUCCAAAUUAAAAUUUUGAUUCCUUAUUAUUUUAAGUCCGUGCUUUUAUGGAAUUAAAACAUAAUUUUAUAGGGUGCGAUA